GUUCAGUGUUUCAAGUUUGCAGAGCCCACAAUCCGCCAUAGAACAAUCGGAAAAACAAAGCAAGACAAGAAACACGGCGUAAACAGGCCCACCAUCAAUCAUGCCUACAUCCCUUGAUUCGUCUCGCCCAAUAAUGUCAGCUUCGGCACGUGCCUCUGUUCGCUACAGCACCUUCAGCAUGGCGCCUUCAGUCACCCCGACAGUCCUCAGCAGCGACAGCGCGACCGCCGAGAUCAGGCCCAUCGUCGAUGGCCUCGAGCGCUUGAAGAACCCCCAGCUAGCCGACCAGCGCGUGUACCUGGACGAAGAGAAGACGGCCACUUUUGCCAAGUUGGCCCUCGGCGCAAAGCUGGAGCGGGCGCUCGAUCGACGGAUGACCGGUCAGGACGCCGUCAUGCGUCCGCGCAAGUCUUCGGUGGCCCACUUCAGCGAGAAGGAGAAGGCAUAAAGCGCGCAACUACCGACAGCUAGAUACAUGAGAAGAAGAGACGAGGGCCACCGAGCCAUCAAAUGGCUCUUCGCGGACAGCAUUCGCCGAGCCGGAAUCCACAUUGCUUGUUUCCCGAGAGAAAUAGAGCGAAGGAUCAAUCUGAUGUCGAGCGAGUUCAGAACGGAAUGGAUCGGUGGGGUUCAUUAACAUUAAGUUCGGGUUCUGUGUUACUUGGUUUGCAAUUCUGAGCAUCAUUCUAUCGGCAUUUCUGCGUUGUUCGAAGAAGCAUUGGUCACGAAGGCUUCAGGGUAACCAGCCGAAAUGGCUUGCGGGGUUUGGGAAUGAC